AUGGGGCUGGAGCCUUCUCCAGAGCUCGUGGCCAUAUCAAUGGUGUAUUUUGUUCAGGGCAUCCUGGGAUUGUCCCGCCUGGGUGUAUCAUUCCUGUACAAGGACGAGUUCCACUUAGAGCCAGCUUCGGUGGCAUUCCUCACGAGCUUUGCUGCAUUCCCCUGGGUGGUGAAGCCGUUGUACGGGUUCCUGAGCGACACAGUACCAAUCUUUGGCUACAAGAGGCGGUCCUACCUCAUCAUCUGCGGCCUGUUAGGCUCGCUGUCAUGGCUGGCGAUGGCGACGGUGGUGCGAUCACCAGCGGGUGCGCUGCUGGCGACCGUUGUCGGCAGCCUUGGUACCGCCUGCUCCGACGUCGUCGUCGAUUCCAUCGUUGUGGAGCGCUCGCGAGGCGCGCCGCAGGGCACGGCGGGGUCGCUGCAGUCGCUGUGCUGGGCGUCGGCAGCACUGGGGGGAGUGGCGAGCGCGUACUAUUCAGGCUCGCUGGUGCAGUCGUGGGGGCCCCGGGGGGUCUUCGCCCUGACUGCGGCGUUCCCUCUCGUGGUGUCGGCCGCCGCUGUGCUCAUUGCCGAGCAGCCCGUUGGGCCAACCAGGCUCAAGGCGGACCAGGCCUACCUCGGCAACAUGGCACGGAGCCUGGAGGUGCAGGCAAGGGCGCUGUGGGGCGCAGUCAACCAGCGCUCCAUCCUCCUGCCAGCGCUCUUCGUCUUCCUCUGGCAGGCGACGCCGACGGCGGAGACGGCGAUGUUUUACUUCCAGACCAACACGCUCGGCUUCACGCCCGAAUUCCUGGGCAAGGUGCGGCUGGCCGGCGCUCUCGCCUCUCUGGCCGGCGUGGGAGCCUACAACUUUGCGCUCAAGGACGUGCCGCUGCGCAAGAUGUUUCUGUGGACGGCCGUCGUCGGCACGGGCCUGGGCUUGACACAAGUCCUGCUCAUCACCGGCACAAGCAGGGCGCUGGGGAUCAGCAACGAGCUGUUUGUGCUGGGUGACUCAGUGAUACUGACUGCCCUGGGCCAGGUGGCAUUCAUGCCCGUGCUCGUCCUGGCUGCCCAGCUCUGCCCAGAGGGAGUUGAGGCGACGCUGUUUGCGACGCUCAUGUCCAUUCUGAAUGGCGGCGCCUUUGUCGGCUCCGCGCUCGGCUCCGGACUCACAGCCGCGUUCGGCGUGACGGCAACCGACUUCACACACCUUGUGCCCCUUAUCCUGGUGUGUACACUGUCAUCGCUGCUGCCUCUGCCGCUGCUUGGUCUGGUGCCCAACACCACAGGGGCUGACGAGAUUAAGCGCAAGGCAGAUGCAGAGAACGAGCAGGAGUGA